UAUCACUCUGUAUUGCAGGUUUGAUGUCGACAAGGAGCCUGAUAAAAGACCAUAUUAUCAAUAUUAUCACUCUGUAUUGCAGGUUUGAUGUCGACAAGGAGUGUGAUAAAAUUGAUGGAAAUUUAACAAAAAAGGAUCCCCCUGCAAUUGUAAACUCUAGACAUCCAAAAAUCAGGAGCAAAAUGGAUACAACAGCGUUGACUGAACAGGAGAAAGUCCUCGUUGCCAACCGUGAGAAGGAUAAAGGCAACGAGGCCUUCAAGGCCAACGACUAUGAGGAAGCUGUGGUGUAUUAUACAAGGAGUCUGUCAGUGGUACCAACCGUAGCCGGCUACAACAACAGAGCCCAGUCAGAGAUCAAACUGCAACACUGGCACAAUGCCCUCAACGACUGUCAGAAGGUACUGGAAAUGGAGCCAGACAAUAUGAAAGCUCUCCUCCGCAGGGCCACAGUGCUGAAACAACAGGGGAACUAUCAGAGGGCGGCUGAAGACCUGAGGAACGUCCUGCAGACCGAACCACAGAACAUCACUGCUACUAAACUUCUGGUUGAGGUGGAUAAGAAACUAAUCCAGUGUCAACCGGAGACGGCACGUAAAAGCAAGAAGAUCCUGAUUCAGGAAGUGGAGGAGGAUGAGACACGGGAAGAGCAGAGAGCUUGUCCGGUUGAGCCUAGCGAGGCAGUGGGAGGGGAGAGUGCUGCUCCUGCCGAGAGGGGAGACAUGGGAAAUGCUCAGAAGAAGCCCCACGGCAGAGGAGGGGAAGGGGGCCCCAGCCCGCAUACAGACCACAAUUCACACGGAAGCCACUGGAAAAACCGGGGAGGAAUUGCAGAGAAGUACAAGGUGAACCAACAGGAUUCGACGUCGGACAAGGGUCUGUGGAACGGAGCUCAGGGCUCUGGCAGGAGGGACUCUAAGGGAGCCAGGCCGGUCGGGGGAGACGGAAGCAACCUCGACGCCCCUUGUGGGGCCCUGCCCCCGCCGCUGGCCCGGCUCAAGAACGAGGGAAACCUGUUCUUUAAGAAUGGACAGUUUGCUGAUGCGCUGGACAAAUAUUCACAGGCCAUCACGGGCUUCACAGACUCAGGAUUGGACAGUCCUGAGGACCUGUGUGUGCUCUACUCUAACAGAGCAGCCUGCUACCUGAAAGAUGGAAACAGCUCUGAGUGUAUACAGGACUGCACCAGGUCCUUGGAGCUGCAGCCCUUCUCCCUCAAGCCCCUCCUACGCAGAGCCAUGGCUUAUGAGACUAUGGAGCGGUACCGACAGGCCUACGUGGAUUACAAGACCGUGCUGCAGAUAGAUAUCAGCGUGCAGGCUGCACAUGACAGUGUUAACAGGAUCACGCGGUUACUGAUAGAGCAGGACGGAGAACAGUGGAGAGAGAAACUACCUGAGAUCCCUCUGGUCCCACUAUCAGCUCAGCAGCACCGCAGGGAGGAACCACCCAGCGCUGAGGUCCUACAGGCCAGAGCAGAGAAGGCCAAGCAGCACGCAGCUCAAAAAACAGAAGUCUGUUUCAAUUCGCUGAAACAAGAAGGAAAUGAGUUUGUGAAGAAAGGUCUGUUCCAGGAGGCUCUGAGGACGUACAGCGAAUGCCUUAAGCUGAAGCCAGAGGAAUGUCCCAUUUACACCAACCGAGCGCUGUGCUUCCUGAAGCUAGAUAUGUUUGCUGAAGCCAAGCAGGACUGUGACUCUGCCCUGAGGCUGGAGCCAGCCAAUAAGAAGGCCUUCUACAGACGGGCCAUGGCCAAUAAAGGCCUCAAGGACUACCUGGCGUGCAGCUCUGACCUACAGGAGGUGCUACAGCAGGAUCCCAAUGUAGCGGAGGCUGAGAAGGAGCUGGAGGAGGUCACUCUGCUGCUCAGACAGAGUCUGGCCCGGGGAUCACCUAGCAACCCCAGGAGGACUGUACCCAUCACUGAG